UUUCCAUAAACGAAAAUAGUCGCUAAGUUACCAUCACUUUUCAAUAAUAGUGACACAGCUUUUACAAAAUUAUCAAAAAGAAAAAAAAAAUAUAAUACUUCUGUGAAAAUAAAUACAUAUAAAAUCUAUUGAUUCAUAAUUUAUUGAUUAAACAAAUAUGUCGGGUUUUGAUGACAAUCCAUUUGGCGAACCAACUGUAGAUAAUCCGUUUGCGGUAAGAAAUGAUCCAGCUAUUCAACAAGCGACGCGUACAACGACAAAUGUACAGAAUUCUUUAGAGGAUUAUAAUCCAUUUGAGCAAGAACAAAGUAAACCACAACUUCAAAUAAAUUCAACAAACAAUGCAGCAGUGGUUCAGCCUCUAUCACAAAACAUUCCGCCUACUCAACAGCGCGUUGCAACCACAGCCACACCUAGUACCAGUGUGCAAAUAACCACAGAGGAAUUGCAGAGACGUCAAGAGGAACUUGAUCGCAAAGCAGCUGAAUUGGAUAGACGUGAACAGCAAUUACAGGGAAAUAUACCCCAGCUAAACAAUUGGCCACCAUUACCAGAUAAUUUUUGCGUUAAACCUUGUUUUUAUCAAGAUUUCAACUUAGAAAUACCUCCUGAGUUUCAGAGACUUGUUAAACAUUUAUAUUAUACAUGGAUGUUUUAUACAUUAACUAUGUGCGUCAAUAUUAUUGGUGGACUAAUAAUUUUAUUGCAUAGUAAAGAGUUUACGAAUUUUGGCCUUGCGAUUUUUUAUACAUUGCUAUUUACGCCUGCUUCAUAUAUUUGCUGGUUCAGACCAGCCUACAAAGCUUUUCGCAAUGAUUCAAGUUUUAAUUUUAUGGUAUUCUUUUUUGUUUACUUCUUUCAAACAAUCUUCUCGGUUUUCCAAGCAAUAGGAUUUCCUGGUACUGGUUAUUGUGGUUUCAUAGUUGCCAUAUCCGAAUUUGAUUCAUCGGCCGCAGGCAUCAUCGUAGGACUGCUGUUGCUAUGUAUUGCCUUCUGUUUCGCUAUUACGGCAGCUGCAAAUAUUAUGAUGAUAACAAAGAUUCAUUCAAUAUAUCGUAGUUCUGGCGCUAGUAUGGCGAAGGCUCAGGCUGAAUUUGCAACCGAAUUUAUGCGCAAUCAGCACGUUCAGCAAGCUGCAUCUGACGUCGUUAAUACCACUGUAAAUUCUCAAUUCAACAAUCGUCGAUACUAAUUUGAAUAUUGUUAACAAUAUGCAUUGGACUGUAUUAAAAUAAAACUAGCUAACAUCUCAACAUUAAUGAAUGGCGCGAUUCGCAAAAAAAAAUGUGCAAAAAGAGCAGAUUACUAUUUAAUACAUAUAAUAUACGUACAUGCAGAUUUAAACUAAUAGUUUUCAAAACGUGAACAUGUAUUUGCUUAUUUAUUGACUUUGUUUUUAUAUUUAUUUUUUCAAACACCUAAAUCAUUAUGAAUUGCGAGAAUAUUUGAAUAUUUUCAAAACUAGAUUUGUUAAAAUAUUAUUUGUUCUAUUGUAUUUUUUAAAUUAUUCUUCGACACGAGGAAUAUCAAUGUGUACGUCCACUUAUUUACAUUUAACAUAAAACAUAUAACUUACACAAUUCAAAAUGUUUAAUCAUAUAAAACUUAACUUUUGAAAUAAAAGGAAAAGAAAAACAAUUAAUAAUAAUCAUAUAGAUAACGGUUAGAAUAUUUGUAGUCUCAUAUUCCUUUAAAACUGUUCCUAAACAGUACUUUCUUAACAUAUUUACUAUAUAUAAUAUUAUUUUCCCCUUUUUUGUUAUAACUUACAUAAAUACCAUUAUGUAAUAAAAAAUAAUUUUAUUAUUAGAUGUAUAUAUUUA